AGAAAAUUUUAAAAUACUAACUAGAUUAUUUAUUGAUAAUGAGAUUGUGAAUUUUCUUGGGAUCUGAUAAGAACCUACCAGAAUGUAAGGCCUUUUUCAUUGUUUUCUAGUAAUAAUUUUUUUGAGGGGUGAAAAAUAUUAUUAUAACUACUAAUUAGGAUUGGAUCUAGUAAGAAGUGAUUAAUACUAAUUUAUUUAAUAGAGCUAAAGGACAAAACAUAAAUGGUGGGGAAUUGUCAUUUGACUUAGGAGAUGGGAUUUGUAUAAAAAAAAGCUUUGUACAAAAAUUUCAAAGUGAAAUGUGUCUUUUUCAUUAUCGAUUGACAAAGUUAGGAUCUAACGUAGUUUAGGUCUAUGUUGCUCGGAUUCUUAGAAAGAGUUGAUAAAAUAGUGUAUUUUUGAAGGAUUUGAUAGGAGAGCGACAACUGAUUUGAAAAGUACAAGCGAACAUGAUUUAGGCUAUUAAGCAUUAAAAAGUGGUUUGUUGUAUAGGAAGUGAGGCCUCUUGCUUUUACUUUUUUUUUUUUUUUGGUUAUUUUCUGGCAUAUUUGGUUGAGAUUAUUUAUCUGGCGUAUAUCAAAAACAAUCUCUGUCUAAGGUAGGCGGUAUGCGCACAACACCCUCUCUUGACAUCAGUUAUGAGAUUACGUUAGGUUUCUGAGCUGUAUCUACCUCACUUCGUCUGUGUGUUUCUCAAGAUUUGAUCCACUGAUGUACUACUUGAAAGCUUUGACUUAACACGCUAAAAAGAAGGCUACAAUGACAGAAAAUCCGGAUGAAAUGUUAACUCACUCAAAUGGUUGCAAGGACUCCAAGUCUUUAGUCUUGCCAACGAAAGAUCUGCUUGAUUCAAACGGUCGUGACAGCACUAAAGACUCUUUGGCGUGUGAAAAAGAGAAGAACGAAUUCUGGAAUGUCCAGGAACUUGAUGACUCUGUAUUUAUCGAAGAUAUUUCAAGAAGUAACAAACUUGAAAAUAGAGCUUCACCUCUGAAAGAUGAUCCGGACGAAGCCCCGUCUCAUUUAACUUCUUGCAAGAGAAAUGGAAAUCCUUUUGCAUGUGAUACAGCAGAUAGAGAUCACCCCUGGAGUAUUCCCAAAUUUGAGGACCCUAUCAUUGUGAAUUUCUUCGACGAUAAAGAAAAGGAAACCGUAGUCUCUAGUACACAAUUUACCUCUCUUUCGGAGUUGUUUGGUGCAGACACUCAUUUAUACACCGAUAAGGGUGUCCUGGAAUUCGAAUUGCCUGAAUCGACAAUUUGCUACAAAGAGAAUGACUAUAACAUUAUGAAAGACAUAUGCAUGGAUGAGGGUGUACCUCUCAUGGAUAAAAUUGUGACUGAAAGCAGGAAAUAUGAUCAGCCUGACUCGUCUAUUUCUCUAGCUGCUGACGAACAUCAGCCUAGAAUCACAAGGGAAGGUGUCGACAGUGAAUUGGUCUCAUCUGGUGAGUCCAAAGCUUCAUCAGUUGAAAGUGCCGUCAAAAUUUCUGUUGAUCAUCAUACAACUAAAGAAGAUGAGGGUAAUAAAUCACUUGUUCCAAAUGGUAUAAACCCCUUCUUGGAAGAUAAUAUGAGCAAAGAUGCUGAAAAGGACCCUUAUCUGGAUGUGAUGAAGAUUUUUGGAUCAAAAGAUACUACAAUGGCAAAACCUACGAACAUAUCAGAAAAAGAAUCCGACAGUCAGAAUUUUAAAGAAUCGAACUCUGAUGCUGAUCAGUCAGCACAGCAGGCUAAUCAGAUGCCUACUUCGGUAGAAGCUUUCAACAGCCAAUAUACAGUCUCGCCAGCUGAUGGAACAAACAACUAUGGACCAGGUAGCAACUUCUCUAACAAUAGCAAGUCGAAAUCUGGAGCUAUUACUUGCGACUUCAACUUGACUGAGCUGGCUUUAAGUAGCAGCGUAACGAAAAGUGACAAACACUUGCCAGAACAAUCCCAUAAAUUAGAGGCCGUCUCCGGUCAAAAGGAUGGGAGUUCUGACAGCUUUUCAGCUGCUACUCAAGUUCAUUUUGCCAAUAGUGUAGACUCCAGCAAUAGCAGUACUAUUCACGCCGACCCCCCAAAUGUGGCUAAUCUCGAGGAAAAGAACUCUAGUAGUAUCCCCCUCGGUGUGCAUGGUCAUUUUGCAAAUGGAGAGGCAAGUUUUGGACCUGCAUCUGGUUUGAUUUCUUACUCAGGUCACAUAGCACAUUCGGGUAACAUCUCUCUUCGUUCAGAUAGCAGCACAACCAGUGCCAGAUCCUUCGCCUUCCCAGUAUUACAAUCUGAAUGGAACAGUAGUCCAGUAAGAAUGGCGAAGGCAGAACGGAGACAUUAUAAGGGUUGGAGGCAAAGCCUUCUCUGUUGUAAAUUCUAAGUCCUUUUUGUUUCUUUUUGUAGAGUUUUCAGUUCAAAAAUAUACAUCAUUUCAUCAUCCUUUGUUAGUUACAAGUUGAUAUUCUUAGGAAUGAAUCACAUGUCAUUGGUAAUAGGUUCAAAGGGCUCUUUGAGUGUGUUAUUAUCUUAAAAAGUGAAGGCACUGAAAUGUAGACUCAA